AUGUCUACCGCUGUUGCAGGAGACGGUGACUUUCACACUUCUUUUGUGCAGAAUCUUUUCAAGCAGCGACUCGCUGCUGUCCUCCCAGUUUUCGGGGUCCCCCCGGUUCUCGCCGUUCUCCCGGUUCUCGCCAUUCUCUCGGUUCUCGCCUUCCUCCUGGUUCCCAGGGUCUUUCCGGCUCUCGGGGUCCUUCCGGUUCUCGCCUUCCUCCCGAUUUUCAGGGUCCCCCUGGUUCUCGGGCUCCUCCCUGUCCUCGCCGUCCUCCCUGUCUUCGCCAUCCCCCCAGUCCUCGGGGUCCCCCCAGUCCUCGCCGUCCUCCGAGUUCUCGCUGUCCCCUUGGUUCUCAUGGUCCUCCCCGUCCUCGCCAUCUCCCCGGUUCUCGCCGUCCUCCCAGUUCUCGCUGUCUCCCUGGUUCUCAGGGUCCUCGCCAUCUUCCCGGUUCUCGGGCUCCUCCCUGUCCUCGCCGUCCCCCCAGUUCUCGCCAUCCCCCAGGAUCUCGGGGCCCUCCCUCUGCUGCAGGGCCUCGAUGGUCAUGCUGGAGAUGUGGGCGGGACCGUUCAGGACGCACAGGAACGCCAGGGCGCCUUUGACCAGGGCGGCGUGGACGGGCGGGCUCUGGAACCUGCGCAGGCUUUGUGCGGCGGAUGCCACCGUGCUCUGCAUUUGCUGGAACAGGGCCUGCACGUCCUGGAUGAAGUCCAGCGUGGGCGGGCUGGGGACCGCCUGCGACGCAGAAAGGCCUCCGCCUCCCGCGUGGCCUCCUCGCCGGCGCCCUCGUGCAGAGCCCUGGCGUACGCGAUCCCAGCCAGCCGCCUCACAGACGCCACCAUGCUUGCCAGGAGCCUCCUGUUUCAUCCAGUGGAGAAGAUGUAA